CCAAUGAUUACAGGGCAGCUCAGCAAGCCCAUGCUCUCGCUGCGCGGUGACACGAGCGCGACCGAGCUGCGGGGCGACGACAAGGCGGCCACUCCAGACAUCGAGCUCAACGAGCCCCUGCUCCUGUCUACCGAGGCCACCGAUGGAGAGGAUGCUCCCGGCAAGCUCUUCGGAGCUCGAGGAGGAUUGUCUCAGUCUGAUGCCAGCAGCAGUCCCUCAGAUCAGAGUCACCUCAGUCAGUCUCACCACACCUACCCGGUCGGGCCACAGUCCCUAUUGGCAGCACAGCAGCUGGCAUCUGCGGUAGCAGGAGUGAUGCCUGGGGGUACUCCAGGCCUCAACCAACCCAUUCUCAUCCCCUUCAACAUGGCCGGCCAGCUGGGUGGGCAGCAGGGCCUGGUGCUCACACUCCCCACCGCCAACCUCACCAACAUCCAGGGCCUGGUGGCAGCAGCAGCGGCCGGUGGCAUCAUGACCCUACCAUUACAGAACCUGCAAGCUACCUCAUCCCUGAACUCACAGCUCCAGCACCUGCAGCAGCUACAGCAACUGCAACACCAGCAACAGCAACAGCACCAACAGCAGCAGCAGCAACAGCAGCAUCCAGGGCACUCUCACUCCCAUAAUCAGCUGGCAUCCCAGCAACAGCAGGCUCUAUCCAGCCAGCAGCACUCCUCUUCAUCCUCUACUUCUUCCUCCACUUCCUCCUCUUCCUCGUCCUCCUCCCACGGCCCCGCACAGCCUCUGCAGUCACUGCCAGGAGCCACCUCACCCACCCACAAGCAGAACCACUCACCAGCUCACAGCCUGCCCAGCCCAGUCACGUCUCCAAAUCCUCUCCAGUUGAACCCCCUCGCCAGCCAGGCGGCAGCAGCGGCGGCGGCAGCAGCCAUGAGCUCCAUCGCCGGCUCCCCGGCCUUCGGCAACGCCCUGUCGGGCCUCCAGGGAGCCACUGGGCAGCUGGUCACCAAUGCACAGGGACAGAUCAUUGGAACCAUCCCAUUGAUGUCAAACUCUGCUGGGUCCUCCAGCCAAUCGCCGGGCGGGACUCCCGGACUGCAGGUCCAGCCAAUCAUGCCACAGCUCCUGACCAAUGCCCAGGGCCAGAUCAUUGCCACUGUCAUUGGCAACCAGAUCCUGCCUGUAAUCAACACCCAGGGAAUCACGCUGUCUCCCAUCAAGCCUGGACAGCAGCUGCCACAGGCCCCACAGGGACCGGGUGGCCCGGCAUCCUCCCAGGCCAGCCUCCUCCACCUGCCGCACAGCCAGGCCUCUCUGUCCCAGAGUCCCAUGCGCCAGGCAUCUUCCUCCUCCUCCAGCUCCUCUUCCUCCUCCCUUAGUGUGGGGCAGCUGGUCAGCAAUCCGCAGACAGCUCCUAGUGAGGUGGACGGAGUCAAUCUGGAGGAGAUCCGUGAAUUUGCCAAAGCUUUCAAGAUCCGUCGCCUGUCCCUGGGGCUGACGCAAACUCAGGUGGGCCAAGCCCUCAGCGCCACAGAGGGCCCCGCCUACAGCCAGUCUGCCAUCUGCAGACACACCAUCCUGAGAAGCCACUUUUUCCUACCACAGGAAGCCCAGGAGAACACUAUAGCUAGCAGUCUGACAGCCAAACUGAACCCUGGCCUUUUAUAUCCUGCCAGGUUCGAGAAGUUGGACAUCACCCCAAAAAGCGCCCAGAAGAUUAAGCCUGUUCUGGAGCGAUGGAUGGCGGAGGCCGAGGCCCGCCACCGCUCUGGAAUGCAGAACCUGACUGAGUUUAUCGGCAGCGAGCCCUCUAAAAAGCGCAAGAGGAGGACCUCUUUCACACCUCAAGCGCUGGAGAUUCUCAACAGCCACUUUGAGAAGAACACACAUCCCUCCGGGCAGGAGAUGACGGAAAUUGCUGAGAAACUGAGCUACGACCGGGAAGUGGUCCGUGUCUGGUUUUGCAACAAGAGGCAAGCCCUGAAAAACACGAUAAAGCGACUGAAACAACCAGAGCUUGUCUCAGCUGCCCCAAUGGACCCGCUUACUGACUCAAUGGAGGAGCACCCAUAA